AUGUCGGCUAUCAAGAAAGUCGUCAUCUUUGGCGCUGCGGGAAAUUUCGGAACACCUAUUACAGCUGCUCUUGUGAAAGCUGGCUUCGAUGUCACUAUAAUAACUCGCAUUAAUUCUUCAUCAAAAUUCCCGGACGGAAUCCCGGUUAUUAGGACGGAAUAUACAGUUGAGAAAUUGACUGCGGCGUUGGUAGGUCAAGAUGCAGCGGUUUCCGUUAUCGGCCCUGCCGGCAUCUCCGUCCAAGUCGCCUUAAUUGACGCUGCCGAGGCCGCGGGCGUUAAGCGCUUUAUCCUUGACGAGUUCGGAUGGGGUCCCGGUUUCUUGAGCCUCCCGGAAUUCCACGACAUUGGGGCCCAGAGGCGGGUUGCUUGGGACCGAGCGAAAGACAUCUCCCAAGCUAAUCCCAAAUUUACUUGGACGGGAAUCAGUAUUGGCAAUCCGAUUGACUGGGCGCUCAAGCGUUUCCCCACGAUGGGGUUUGACCUUAAACAGCGGUCCGCGCUCAUUUACGACGAGGGUUCGGAGACAUUUACCGGCACUACGCUAGAAGGGAUCGGACAGGCCGUCGUCGGUGUUUUAAAGCGCCCGGAAGAGACCGCGAACCGCUUUGUGAGAGUGCGAUCAAUCCAAGUGUCUCAAAAUCAAUUGCUCGAAGCUUUCCAACGAGUAACAGGACAGCCUUGGGAGGUAAAGCGCAGCAGUACAAAAGAUCUCCUCGAAAGCGGAAGGAAAAAACACCAAGAAGGGGCCGGUGGUUGGAUCCUAGACCUCCUUGUUUACCAGCUCUAUGCGCCGGGUGAGGCGCGUUGUGUCUUGGCAUCAAAAGAAGACUCAGAUGCGCAACUCCUUGAAAUCAUAGAAGAGAAUGCCGAUGAUAUUGCUCAAAUAGUAAUACGCUCCGCUUGA